GGUUCUUCUCUUUUUAAGGUUUUAGAAAAUAUCCAACAUCAUUCUUAUUCUUCCUCGCAACACUCUCACACACCUUUAUCCUUAGCAACUGUACCCCACUAGCUUCAAAUCGAUAUGAAUAAACUAGUGUUAAAGGUAGAUCUCUAUGAUGAUAGAAUCAAGCAAAAAGCCAUGAAGGCGGUAUCUGGUCUCUCAGGGCUUGAUGCUGUUUCAAUCGACAUGAAGGAUAAGAAAAUGACAUUAAUUGGAGACAUGGAUCCUGUUAGUGUUGUGUCGAAGUUAAGGAAAUUGUGUCAUGCUGAAAUAAUUAUGAUUGGACCAGCAAAAGAAGAGAAAGAAGAAGAAAAGGAAGAAGAAGAAAAGAAAGAAGAAGAAAACAAAGAAGAAGAAUUGGAUGAUCUUGUGACGGCUUACAAACAAUCAUAUCCUUAUCAGUAUUAUAGAUCUGUGGAAGAGUCUCCAAGUGGGUGUGUUAUUUGUUAAGAUAUAUUGAAAUAUUAUUAUGGAAUUUAAGAGAAGUUAAAUAAAUAAAAACAAUAAAAGAAGUUGGGAUUUGGAAGGGUACUGAUUCAUUUGGAGUUUCUCUUAUCUUAGUUUUUGGUUUAUAAUCUGCAAAUUCUUGAGGGGUAGCAAUAUUUAGCAUUUUUGCUGUCUCUUGAUGAUAAUACAGUGUUCUAAAUAUGA